CUCUAUUUUACAGAGGAGAAGAUUGAAGUACAGAAGUUAAGUGGGGGGUUUCCUUAAUGCGCCGAUAUGGGUGUUCGUGGAUUGAUGAGUUUUGUGGAAGAGAAUAAUCAGUUCUUUAUCGAUCUGAAGUUGAGGGACACAAAGAUCGUCAUCGACGGCUUUGCUCUCUUUCAUCGGCUUUGCUUCGAUUCAGAUCUGGACCUGCGGCACGGAGGGGACUACGACGCUUUUACAGAGGUCGUCCAGGAGUUUUUCGAAUCGCUGGCCGUCUGCGACAUCCGUCCUUACGUUUUGUUAGAUGGAGGGUGUGACUUUUCAGAUAAGAAGUUCGCAACGCUGAAAGAGCGAGCCAAGGACAAGAUCCAGGUGGCCCACUCGCUCUCCAGGGGGGGAGGUGGGAGUCUCUGUCCCUUGCUCAUCAGAGAAGUCUUCAUUCAGGUCUUGAUAAAGCUUCAGGUGAGCUUCGUCCAGUGCUUUUCGGAGGCAGAUAGAGACAUCAUGACCCUGGCCAAUCACUGGGACUGCCCCGUACUAACCAUGGAUAGUGAUUUCUGCAUCUUCGACCUCAAAUCGGGUUUUUGCCCCCUGAGUUGUUUUCAGUGGAGAAACCCGCGCCUUCAAGGUUCAUUCGGCUACUACAUCCCAGCCAGAUGCUUCUCCCUAGAGAGGUUCUGCGGUCACUUCGGUCACAUGAACAAGGCCCUGCUCCCCCUCUUCGCUGUGCUGAACGGGAACGACCACAUCAACCUGCCUGCGCUUGAGACGUUCUUCAGCAGAGUCGACCUUCACGCCGGAACCUCGCGCUUCAAGGGGAAGAGGCACCACCGCAUCCUGGGACUUCUGAAUUGGCUGUCUCAUUUCGCUGACCCCACCGAAGCCCUGGAUAAGGUUCUCAGACACCUGAAAAACCACGAGCGAGAAGAAGCCAAGGCUCUGCUCUGUUCGUCCAUGGAGGAAUACCAGCCGUCUCGGGUGAAGCUUCAGGACUUCUUCGACCGAGGCAUUUACGUUUCUCCAGAUGCCUUGAAACAGGGCUUGCCAGAAUGGGUCCGGACGGCUCUGGCCAAAGCUCAGCUGUCUCCGUUCAUCAGUGACGUCAUGGUGUUGAGAAGAACCAUCCUCCAUACGCAGGUGGAAAAUGUGCAACAGCCCAGCGCUCACGUCAUCUCCUUGCCCAUCCGCCAAAUCAUUUAUGGGCUGCUUCUGAACUCUGCGAAUCCCCGAACCGUGGCCCAUCAGCCACUGGCUGUCAGCGAGCUGACUAGGCUCAAUAAAAACAUCAAAAGGACGAUAAUCCAUGCGACGAAGCUACCCAGGGAUUCUUUUGAUUUGGAUGAAUUGCCAGAGGUCUCCUUAUCUAGUCGUUUGAUGCUUCUGUUAGAGACCUUGAAUGUGAAACACAGAAUCCUCCAGCCUCUUCCUAGUUCUUUGCAGCUGCCUAUUGCUGUCACCUGCUAUUGGUUGCAAAAUUCAGAACCCAAAGCCAACUUGCAUCAUUUACAAGCUUUACUACUCGGGAUGAUCUGUGGACAGUUGCACGAGAUAAUCAGUAACCCAGAUCUGGAUGAUUUGCACAUGAAGAAUGCUAAAAUGGUGUAUGACCAGUUUCUCAAAAUAAAGCAACAGAAACUCUGGGAUAGAAGAUUGGAUUUAGAAACAGCCCACAUAUUCUGUCAAUGGCAGUGUUGCCUCCAAAUGGGAUUAUAUCUGAACCAGUUGCUGUCUACUCCUCUCCCUGAGCCAGACCUAACUCGGCUUUAUAGUGGGACCCUUGCUCAUGGACUGUAUCACGAGCUCCGGUCAGCAGCUUCAGCAGAAAAUCUAUUAAGUACAUGUCCAGAGACAAGUCAUCUUUAUAACCGGCUGUUCCUGGUAGUGAAGUCAUCCGUCCCUGCGGAACACUUCCUACCGAGUAGGAAAUCAAAACCCAGGAAAACGAAACGGAAGAAACGAGCCACUAAGGGGGAGAAGAGAAUGGGCGCUACCUUAGCGACCAGAGCUAGCAACAGGUUUGCGAUGCUAACGUUAAGUGACUUAGAGGAGCCCUCUCUUUAGGGUAACAGCGGGGUUCGAAUAAGCCUUGGCCGUACCAGCGUGGUACACGUCCAUCUUGCCGGUACGAAUGACCUAUAGCUUUCCUUAAAUUGGAUCACUCAGGGGCCAAUUUGGCUACUUAUGUCCUUUCCAGAGAAUGUUGUAUUGCACAUUACAGAGUACUUGAAGUUCAGAGGGGACCGGCAAAUUACCAAACUUUUAACCUAGAUUAUCUACUUCAGGCACUUCUUUGACUGGCUAAAAGCCUUUAUGUCAUAAACCCCUGGAAUCACAGAUGCCCAAGCCAGAUAUGCUUACAAAAAGAGGACGAAUUCCAAACGCCCUUCCAAGCGGCAAGCAAAACCCCCCAAAAUUGUUUUAUAUAUGUAUAUGUGACAGAGGGGGAGAUACAUCUGUAUAUCUAAGAAAGAGACAGAUGUGAUAUUGCUGGAGUUUGAGAAAUUCAGCACAUCAGGUAGCAGGUAACAAAUUUCUAAAACAUUUUACUUCCUUUUACGCACCUAUAGCGGUGAAAUAUAUUGCAUUUGUUAAAACUUAAGGGAUGUUCUUUUCUAAACUCCAUUAGAUGAAAUGAGCUGCUUGUGGAACCAUGUUUAACCACUGUAGUCUCCCAAGUGCUUAUUUCAGUCGUCUAACCCUCGGUGGUACGCAAGUAUUGAUUGAGAGCACGAGAGCCACAAAUCAAUCGUAUUUAUUGAGCACUUACCGUGGUCAGAGCACUGUACUGAGCUCUUGGGAGAGUUCAGUAGAGUUUGUGGAUGCAUUCCCUGCCCGCAAGCCCACAGUCUAGGACUUCAAAAAUGUAAGGCAGCUGAGAGCCACAGAUUAAAAAAAUAUAUAUUUUAACUGGAAUGGCGACCAGGUCUGUUGUGGGAGGAGAGGUGAGAGCCGCAGCACAAGCAGAGAAGAGCUGCGGGUGGGUCUUGAGUGGCAUUUGGCCCACUCCCACCAUCCUACAUUAACGCUUCACCUCACUAUUGCACCUCCAGAACGAUGGAGAAGACAAGUGGUCCUGUGGUUUUGAAAGAGCAACUCUUCAGGAUAUCUUUCAGCCUGAGAAUUUUCAUAACCUGCUCCAAACAGGACCUGCAUUUCUAUCAACCACAGGCCACUACCAAUCUAUUUUCUCUGGCAUUUGCCUGAGGCUUUUGUAAGGGGUUUUUUGGGGGUUUGUUUUAAUUGGUUCUGAUGGAUAUACGUUUGCUGGCAUAGGAUGAAAUGCAAAUUAAUGUCACAACUGGUAUUCGGUCGUUAACAGAUUAACUUUUUGAAUAUGAAAACUGAGGUAAUGGAAUAUUUUUGAAAAUGGAAAAGAAACUGACAAGACAAGCUUUGCCGCAGCCGUUCAUGGUGUGGUUAUCUUUUCAUUUCAUUGUUCGCUGAGGAAUCAGGAGUUAUCAAUAUACUGUUCCUAAAUUGUGGGAUUACUUCUUUCGGUCUUAAUUUUUAAUGCUUUUUACGUAUGUAAAGCUAUUUGUAGGUAUUGUGUACAAAUAAAUACUUUGUCAACUAUA